AUGUUUUGCGACAGUGGUGGUAGGUUAGUUGACUAAGCGUGAACUCGCUUUACGGCCUUCCCUUACUUGGAGCCGGCUUCAGGAAGAAGGGCCGUAUCACGGCCUAAAAAAAAAUCCGGGGACAUCAGUCAUAAGAAACGGCGGGAAGGCGGUGGAACCACAAUGGCAAAGUUUCAUGCUCCGGUGAUAAAUGAUAACCCGCUUGGAUGGGGGCCUUGCUCUGUGCCCGAUCAGUUUAAGGAUAUGCCAUACCAGCCGUUCAGCAAAGGAGAUCGACUGGGCAAGGUUGCUGACUGGACGGGAGCUACGUACCAGGACAAGAGAUACACCAAUAAAUACUCGUCUCAGUUUGGCGGCGGCAGUCAGUAUGCCUACUUUCAUGAAGAGGACGAGACCAGCUUCCAACUUGUUGACACUACCAAGAUGCAGAAGACUGCGUACCAGAAGAACAGACUGCGAUUUGCCCAGCGUAAUUUGCGUCGAGAUAAAGACAGGCGAAAUAUGCUUCAGUUCAAUAUGCAGACACUGCCUAAAAGUGCUAAGCAGAAGGAGAGGGAUCGUCUUAGACUUCAAAAGAAAUUCCAGAAGCAGUUUGGAGUGCGGCAAAAAUGGGACCAGAAAUCUCAGACGCAGUUAAAACCACGUGAUUCCUCUGUAGAGGUCAGAAGCGACUGGGAGGUGAAAGAGGAGAUGGAUUUUCAGAGGCUGAUGAAGAUGCGUUACCUGGAGGUUUCUGAUCCGUUGGACAUAGAGUGCUGUGGAGCUGUGGAGUUCUACGAUAAAGCCUUUGACCGAAUCACCACCAGGAGCGAGAGACCUUUAAAGAGCAUCAAAAGAAUAUUCCACACUGUGACCACCACAGACGAUCCCGUUAUCCGCAAGCUUGCCAAGACCCAGGGCAACGUCUUUGCCACAGAUGCCAUCCUUGCCACACUCAUGUGCAGUACACGAUCUGUUAAUUCCUGGGACAUCAUUGUGCAAAGAGUGGGGUCCAAGAUCUUCUUCGAUAAGAGAGACAACUCUGACUUUGAUUUGCUUACUGUCAGCGAAACUGCAAAUGAACCUCCUCAGGAUGAAGUAAACUCCUUGAAUUCCCCCCGAAAUCUGGCUAUGGAAGCCACUUAUAUCAAUCACAACUUCUCCCAGCAGUGCCUGCGAAUUGGACAAGAAAAAUACAAAUUUCCCAACUCGAACCCCUUCGUAGAAGAUGACGUUGAUAAGAAUGAGGUGGCAUCUGUUGCAUACAGGUACCGCCGUUGGAAGCUUGGAGAUGAUAUUGACCUUGUGGUGCGGUGUGAACAUGACGGUGUAAUGACUGGAGCCAAUGGGGAGGUUUCCUUUGUUAACAUCAAGACGCUUAAUGAGUGGGACUCUAGGCACUGCAAUGGUGUAGACUGGCGUCAGAAGCUGGAUUCCCAGAGAGGAGCUGUGAUUGCUACAGAGCUAAAGAAUAACAGCUACAAGCUGGCCCGUUGGACCUGCUGUGCCAUGCUCGCUGGAUCAGAGUACCUGAAAUUGGGCUAUGUGUCUCGUUACCAUGUGAAGGAUUCCUCCCGCCAUGUGAUUCUGGGCACCCAACAGUUCAAACCAAGCGAGUUUGCCAACCAGAUUAACCUGAGCAUGGAGAAUGCCUGGGGCAUCCUGCGCUGUGUGGUGGACAUCUGCAUGAAGCUAGACGAGGGCAAAUAUCUCAUUUUGAAAGACCCCAACAAGCAAGUUAUUCGCAUCUACAGCCUCCCUGACGGCACGUUCAGCUCUGAUGAGGACGAGGAUGAUGAUGACGACGACGAUGAUGAUGACGUUGAAGAGGAAGAGAGCUGAACCUGCAGACAUUCCCAAUGUCCUCUCACAAGAUCCUCCGACAUUGAAUAUGGACAACCUGUUAUUAGUGACAAAUAAAAUUUAUUACACUCA